AUGGCGUCAAGGCCGCCAGCGUGUUCUUUGGAUGAGCACCACGAGGCCGUGGUGGGGGACUUCGGCCGCAAGCUGUUGGACCGCGGCGACUUCGUUACGUCACUGCACGGCGGUCGCGGCGGCACCAUGGGCCACAUCGGCGCCGAGUACCUCUCCAUGGGGCGGUCGUCGGAGAAGACGGACGUGUUCGGCCGGGAUCUGUUCUUUGGAGCUCGUGGCCAGGCGGGCGUGGCGCUCGAGCUUCGGCAAGGCCUCGACGCCUUACCUGCGACCACAAGGCGUCGUCAUCUUUGGAUUGAUGUACGUGAUAAUAGACCUUUUGAUAUCUACCACCAGAUAAAUAUGCUAUGGCCCCACAUGCUUGGUAGAGAUAAAUUUGAUUAUGCGAAAAAUAUUGCUUGCUGCAUGCUCCACGAAGUUAUCAGGGGAAAAUAUUUAAGGACUUCUCUAAGGAUUAGGUGGCUGAAGGAGCAUUUGUUGAAUGAACUUCCCCCCAAGCGGCGACAGAUUAUUAGGUUGAAGCUAAAGGCACCAGAUAUCAGGGCAGCCACAUCUUCAUGCGUCAAAAGGGUGAAUAGCAGUUGUAAUGGAACUCUUACAGUUGAAUUGCCCAGCAAAAGCAAUGAUGAUGAAAAUACAAAAGAGGAAGAAGAUGAUGAUUGCAAGAAAUCUCCGAGGAAUCUCACUCCACAAGAGAUUGGUAUCGCAAAAUUAUCUGGGUUUAGUGAAUGGUUCUCAAAUCAUUUCAUCAUGGAUGGAUUUGGUGCUAACCAUAACCUGGAUCCCCAGUCUAGCUGUCAGAAAACAAUAAUAUUUGCACAUCACUUAAAGGUUCUAGACGGAAUACAGGUGAAGGUUGCAAUAAUUGGAAUUACUGCUGGAGGUGUUGGUUUAGACUUCUCGUCUGCUCAGAAUGUUAUUUUUGUGGAGCUCCCAAAAUCAGCUUCAGAAUUGCUUCAGAACACAUCGGAUGAAUCACACUGGCUCCAGUUAAACCAGAGUCUGUUCCAUGUCUCGUCUUUGAUGAAUGGAAAAAAAGAUGCUGUAAGGGAGAUUGAGGUUGAUCAAGUGUGCCAACUUGAGGAAAUCAAGACCACCGAGGAGGAAACACAAUGCAAACUUCAUCCUUCGGAGAAUCAUAAUGCAGGUUCAUGCAGAUUGACCCAUGGACCAAAAUACCUUUUGGAAAGUGAUGAUUUGUCCAUCAAUGGUUUUCUUGGCAUCGAAGAUUUGGAACUUGACUCGGAUUUCACCAUUAGGACAAUUCCUCUUGAAUUUGAGGAUGAAAGACCUGGCACAUCCUUGAAAAAUAAUCCAACUCCAACAGUACUUGAAGACAGAUCUUGUAUUGAUGUUUCUCUUUCGCCAGCUGCAGCCUUUUGCUCUGUGAUAUCUAGUUGUAAAUCAGUAAAGGCUCGUAAGAGGCUUUCUGGAAAUUCUGGGUCCUUAAGUCAAGCUGCACCUGUUCCAGAUUUUCCAUUUCAAGUGGAAUCUCUGCGUUUUGAGGUUAACCGGCACACAGGCCGAAUCCACUUGUACAGUUGUGUUCCUGGACAUGAUUCAAGACCCAAACCACUUUGUGAAAAUUUUCUGCCAGAAGAAUUGAAUUCACCUUUAUGUUCUCCCAGUGAUGUUAAAACAAGAACUCUGCUCUUGAAAAAGAUUCCUGCAUUUUGCAAUGUGUUCAAGGCAUUCAUCAAAGAGUGGAUGGCACUAAGACCAAUUGAUCAGAAUAAAUUGCUUGGAAAGCCAUUACAACUUCCCUUGAGCCUUGAGUUGUGUUUUCUGAAAGAUAGCAUCAACCAUAGCACAGAAGGGAUACUUAAAGGGGGAAGUAAGAGGCGUGCCGCACCAUUGAAUGGUGUCAGUAAUCCUUUGCCAGAAAAUGCUGAAUGGAGACAGGUGGUGUUGCGUAAUGGCACCUGUAAAGAGAGACAGUACACUCAGGGCUGGACCAUUGAUGGUGAACCUCUCUGCAAACUUUGUCAAGGACUUUGCAAUGGAAGGCUUGCAAAGUCACCAGAAUAUUUUGAAGAUCUAUUCUGUGGUCUAGCUUGUUUCCAGGAAUACAGGUUAAGAACCAGUGGCAGGGCCCUGCGGCAGCUUCUUGGUAAUUAUCUGCAAGCACUGUUUCAAAUAGAACGUGGUAAGUGCUCCCAAUGCAAGCUCGAUUGUUGCAAGCUUGUCAAACACAUUAAACCCUUACCCUUGGAAAAACGAGAAGAAUACAUCAGAAAGGUUGCUCCAAACAUUGUGAGUAGAAAGAAACUCCUAGAUAAGCUUGUCCAUGAGCCAAUUGAUGGAAAUGCUUGGCAUGCAGAUCACAUAAUACCUGUCUAUAAAGGAGGAGGGGAAUGUAAACUUGAGAACAUGGGAACACUGUGUGUGGCUUGUCAUUAUGAGGUCAUCAGAGCUCAGCACAAGGAACUAAAAGAAAUAAGAAAGAAGGCUAAAGAGCACCUGAAAAACGCCUUGAAUAAACAAAAGGAUAAACCAAGUGAAGCAACAGAAGAACUAGAUGACGAAUUUUUGCUGGUAGCCGUCCCGGGCAGUGCCUACUCCUUAGGAUUUCCUGGCAAUGUUGCUGAUGAAAAAGCUGCUGAAUAG